CUGCUAAAAACAGCUCAGGCACCCCCUCUGAACCUGGGCCUGAAACAAUGUCUUCCAUCGAAAAAACCGUAAAGGACACUUGAUCACCCAAUCCUUGGAAUUAUUUCCAGGAAACACUUGCAGAAACCAUUCGGAGCACCCUUUCCCUGGCAGUGCACACGGGGACGGCCAGGAGAUGAGCGCAUCUUUGAAUUAUAAGUCUUUUUCCAAAGAGCAGCAGACCAUGGAUAACUUGGAGAAGCAACUCAUCUGUCCUAUCUGCUUAGAGAUGUUCACGAAACCCGUGGUCAUUCUCCCCUGUCAGCAUAACCUGUGUAGGAAAUGUGCCAGUGAUAUUUUCCAGGCCUCUAACCCGUAUUUGCCCACAAGAGGAGGCACCACUGUGGCAUCAGGGGGCCGGUUUCGCUGCCCAUCCUGUAGACACGAAGUGGUUCUGGACAGACAUGGGAUAUAUGGCCUUCAGAGGAACCUGCUGGUGGAAAAUAUCAUUGACAUCUAUAAGCAGGAGUCCACCAGACCAGAAAAGAAGUCUGACCAGCCCAUGUGUGAGGAGCACGAAGAGGAACGCAUCAACAUCUACUGUCUGAACUGUGAAGUGCCCACCUGCUCUCUGUGCAAGGUCUUUGGGGCACACAAGGAUUGCCAGGUGGCUCCCCUAACUCACGUGUUCCAGAGGCAGAAGUCUGAGCUCAGUGAUGGCAUUGCUGUCCUUGUGGGAAGCAAUGAUCGAGUCCAGGGAAUAAUCAGCCAGCUGGAGGACACCUGUAAAACUAUUGAGGAAUGCUGCAAAAAACAGAAACAGGAACUUUGUGAGAAGUUUGAUUACCUGUAUGGUAUCCUGGAGGAAAGGAAGAAUGAAAUGACCCAAGUCAUUACCCGAACCCAAGAGGAGAAACUGGAACGUGUCCGUGCUCUGAUCAAAAAGUAUUCUGAUCACUUGGAAAAUGUGUCAAAGUUGGUUGAAUCAGGAAUCCAGUUCAUGGAUGAGCCAGAAAUGGCAGUGUUUCUGCAGAAUGCCAAAACCCUGUUACAAAAAAUUUCUGAGGCAUCGAAGGCAUUUCAGAUGGAGAAAAUAGAACAUGGUUAUGAGAACAUGAACCACUUCACAGUCAACCUCAAUAGAGAAGAAAAAAUAAUACGCGAAAUUGAUUUUUACAGAGAAGAUGAAGAUGAAGAAGAAGAAGAAGAAGAAGGAGAAGAAGAAGGAGGAGGAGAAGGAGAAGAAGGAGAAGAAGAAAGAGAGCAAGUAGAAGUGGAAGAGGUAGAAAAUGUUCGAACAGAGUCAUCAGGAGAGGAUGAAAGUCCAGAGAAAGCCUCGGAGCCCUCUCAGCUGGCCUCAGAGCUCCAGGCUGCCCCAGGGGCGCUUCCAGUUUCCUCCCAGGAGCCACCUCCGGCCCUCCCACCUGCCACAGAUGCCCCAGGGACACAGGGGGAGGUUGUGCCCACUGGCUCUCAGCAGACCACAGAGUCUGAAACUCCAGUCCCUGCAGCAACGGACACUGCGGAUCCCUUGUUUUACCCUAGUUGGUAUAAAGGCCAAACCCGGAAAGCCACCACCAAUCCACCUUCCACCCCAGGGAGCGAAGGUCUGGGACACAUAGGGCCUCCUGGUUCUGAGGAUUCGAAUGUGCAGAAGGCAGAAGUGGCAGAAGCUGCAGCCAGUGAGAGGGCAGCAGUGAGUGGUAAGGAAACUAGUUCACCAGCAGCUACUUCUCAGGUUAGUGUUGAUGCUCUUGUGUCUGAAUGCUUCCCCCUGCCAUCUAGCGUCGUGCUGGAAUCACAGCAAGAAAGAAGGGCCUCCAAAGGGGCAGAAAGAAACCAUGGCCUUGGGAAAAACACAGAAACAACUCAUUCCCCAAUUUUGGCUUGUUUUUAAGCCUUGUAAAACAAAACAGAAAAAAAAAAUUGACUUCACUCUACCCAUAUGUGGUGACCUCACACCUGGUUCCCCAGGGAGGUGGUCCACACAAGCCUGGCCCUUAAGCAUGCAGUUUAAAGCUGCUUUGUCUGCAGUGACUGGUUCCCCUUCUCAAAGGCCACUUGCCCUUGCUCAGCCUUUUGUGUCCUCCUUGGGCUUCUAAACACUAAUCACCUGCUUUUGUGUCAUUCCCAGCAACCCUGAAGGAGCACGUUUGAACUGAGUUCUAAGUCUGCUCUGGAAAAUAACCUCUGGUUAAUUCAUGGAUUCUGGGAGUGCAUUGGCUAUGGCUAGACAAAGAUAGUCUUGCUUGAUUAAACCAGUGCUUCCUAAACAUGUGCUGCUAGGAGCAGAAAAGCACAGGUUUUCCUACUUUUGGGGUUUUAAGGGUCACUUAAUACUUUUUUUUUAAAUGUAAUAUACUUUGAAGGCCAUGUCUUUUUCCUAUAAGGAGUUAAGAAACUCCUAAUGUUUGCAUGGCUCAAAGAUUCCACAGAAGAAAUAUUCUACAAUUUCUUUACAAGGAAGCAUGCUCAUGGUUGCUCCAUACCCAUGAACAUUCUUAAAUGAUGUGUGGAUGUGAGUGUUGCUCAGACAAGGGAUGUGAAAGAAAUACUCUGUUUCCAUGCUCCUGGGUCAUCAGGUGAUUAUGAACAACAAACAGCAUUUUUCAAAAAUCAGAAAAUUACUCAUUGUCUUGACUAUCUGCUCAAGUAAACCUUAAUUUCAUGAGAUAAUAAAAGGAAAUUAUGUUUGGAAAACUAAAAGUAACAUGCUUUUGUGUCAUAUAUUUAUUUUCACAAAUGAAAAAUGACAAAAAAUAAUUGGUAUGAGGAAACAUCUUGAGGUAGUUUUUAGGUUAAAAAAUGGAGUAUAAUGUUUUCUAGAAAAUUUAUGGGAAUUUUAUUUCUAGAAAGUUAAUUAACUUUCUUAUCUAUUUAGUGGAAGUUGAGUCAGGAAGAGCUGUUUUCUGAAAACUGUGUGAAAUACCCCAUAAUAGGAGCAUAUUGGAGCAUAGGGCUCCAAACCAAAUGCAAAAUCCAUCUAAAUGAUGUUGAAAAAUAUUAUUUGUGAUAAUAUCAGUGAAGCUUUC